AUGGACUUAGGCUUGAAAGACAAAGUCGUCCUAGUCUCGGGUGGUUCUAGUGGAAUCGUGGUCGCGCGGCGAAUUGAGCCCCUACAAGAAACCGUCAAGUUGGUUCAGGAGAUCACCACCCGAGCAGCUUAUGUUUCCGCGGAUAUGACACAGGAAGAUGGUGUCAAGACCGCAAUUGCGGAAUCAAUGAAGGCAUUUGGCUCCAUGCCAGAUGUUGUCGUCUGCAACGUCAGGUCACUGAUCAAGUUCGGUUUCGAAGAGGCCACUGCGGAGGACUUUCGCGUAAGCUCGGAGCAGUGUGUUCUCAGUGUUGUGCAUUUGGCAAAGGCCGUUCUACCCCAUUGGAAGGCCCGGGGAUGGGGCCGAUUUAUCAACUUGGGCAGCGUCUGCACGUUGGAGCCCCAUAGAUGGCAUCACAUUGUUCUGGGGAACACUUUUAGGCUGGCUGCCGUUGGACUCUUACGAUCUCUCUCAAACGAGUUCUCUUCGUUCGGUAUUACUUUCAACACUGUGGCAAUAGGCCUUGUUGACACCGGCACGGCUGAGAAAAUCAUUAAAGAUGGAGAAGCUCACGCAAUCCCUCAAGCUGAGCCUCAGCCCGUCAUCUCAAUGAGGCGCCCGGGUAUUCCUGAAGAAAUCGCGGCCCAGGUUCUGUUUCUUGCUUCUGAGCGAGCAAGUUAUAUCACCGGCCAAAAUAUACCCGUUGAUGGAGGCUGGACAAGGGGUAUUUGA